UUUAUAGUUGAUGUGUACAAUAUGGAGUGUGCGAACGGUAGUGGAGUGAGCAGCAGAGGGCGGGCCGAAUGACAACACAGCUGGGCGUCCCGUGACUGACUUGAGAGACCCGAGUUCAUGGCAGCCAGUGACGAAGUAGGGAAGCUGCAGCAGCACCUGUCCUUGCUACGUGAGCAGUAUGUUCGCCUGCAGGAGCGAUACACCACCUUGGAGCAGCAGCAUGCCAUUGCCACUGCCGGCUGCCAGAGUCCUGAGGGAGAGGACUCCUUCGUGACCCGACUUCUUCGUUUUGUGGCAAACCUUUAUGACAAGGAAAAAUACAGUGACAUGAUUGUGCGCCUGAGCAGCCGAGACAUUCGGGCGCACCGCUUUGUGUUGGCAGCGCGCAGCGAUAACUGGGGCGUGUCAACUCUGGCAGAAGUGGACAGUCUGGACUGGACAGGACUGGAGGAGGAGGUGGGAGAGGCUGUGCUGCAUUGGGUCUACACAGAUCAAGUCAGUCUUCUCAAGGACCACACUUUCACCCUUAAUCUCAUGAGGGCAGCAGCAUCUUUCUCCCUCCUCCCACUCAUGAAGAGGUGUGAGAAGGCCCUGAUGGGAUGGGUGACAGUCAGGAACUGUGUCCGCCUCUACACCACUGCAGACGAGAUUGGAGCUGAGACGCUGAGAGACCACUGCUCCACACUCAUUUCAACACACUGGAAUGACUUCACCCCAGAGGACUUCUCCCACAUGACAGCACCACUCCUGUACACCAUGUUUAAGUCCAAGACCAGCCAUCCCCUGCAUGCUGCCAUCAGGCUGCAGCGCGAGGAUGUAGUCUUUCUGUACCUCAUCGAGUAUGACGCCCAGCUGCCGGCAGUGCUGGACGAGGCAGACAGUUCAGGAGACAUGGCACUGGACUUGGCACUGAUGGGGAGGCAGCACAGCAUUGCCGACACUCUCCUGAAGCAUGGAGCCUCAGUCACCACCACAGAUCCUACUGGUGCCUCACUCCUCCAUCGGGCUGUGAGAAGGGGAGAUGAGUACGCAGCUUCCUUCUUGAUGAGUCACGGAUGCUCAGUGAACGUUGCCACACCGAGAGAUGGCUCCACCCCACUGCACACCCUCGCCAGCCAAGAGUACGAAGACCCACAGGUGCGGCAGGACAUGGUCAGGGUGGCUCAGAUGAUGAUUGAGAAGGGUGCUGAUCCAAACAUCCAGGACAAGAACAUGAAAACUGUGAUGCAUCUGGUGGUGGAGGGCAACAGGGAGGAGAUCUUCAGAGUCCUCAUUGAGCACGACAACCUUCGCCUUGAGCUGCAGGACAAGACUGGCUUCCCUCCGCUGUGGCACGCUCUUGCCUCCAGCACAGACUUCAGCGACAACUCCUACGCCUCAAUGCUCAUCAAGAAGGGAGCCUCAUCUGAUGCCGUGAUUAGGUCCAGUGGAGAGUCCCUGCUGCACCUGCUGGCAAGGGAAGGUCUGGAGGAGGCCGGGUUGUUCCUCACCACUCAGGGGGUCAACUGCAAUGUGGUGAAUGCUGAUGGUGAGACACCCCUCCAUGUGUCCUGCACUGUGGGUCUGCCCUCCCUCACCACCGCCCUGCUGCAGAUGGGAGCCAAUCCAAACUUCCAGACCUACUCCAGCACACCCACAAAGGACAAGCCAGCCAACAACGACCCCUUUGCUGAGGACACCAGUAAUGACACCACCUCCCCACACACCAUCGACACCUUUCGAGAGACGGCCUUGCACCGCGCCAUCAGGAACAAGAAUGAGGCAGACAUCCGGGCAAUACUGGACCACAAGGAAUACUGUGAGGGCAACAAGGCUGACCUGCUGCUGACCCCUGACUUGAACCUGCGUGACUCUGACGAUUUAACCCCGUUGGGCGUGGCCUUGGGGACGGGUCAGAUCACGGUAGCCAAGCAUCUUCUGGAGGCUGGGGCAGACAUCAACACCACCAACGUGCAGGGCUGCAGCCUCCUCCACCUGGCCAUCCAAGUCAAGAAUCCUGAAGUGGCCACCUUCCUCAUCAACAAUGGAGCAGAGACCAACUUAAGGACUCGAGAAGGCCUCUCCCCGCUGGACCUAUGCAUCAGCGAAGGGUUUGGAGAGGUGGUGGGGCUGCUCUGCACUCACAACGCUGACAUCAAUGCCCACCCUGGCUCUGACCCGCCCCUCUGGAAGGCUCUCAGCUCCAACCAAGAGGACAUUGCUUCCAUUCUAGUCCAGCACCACGUGGACACUGACAAUUGGGAUGAUGGUCCUGAGGAUUGCCAGCAGACACUACUUCACAGGGCCAUUGAUGAGAAUUGCGAGGAGAUAGCAGUGUUCCUCAUCCGGAGUGGCUGUGAUGUGAAUGCUGUGAGGAGGCCAGGACCAGGAGGUUCAGGAGGGGAGGAGGCAAAGGACCUGAUGACACCCCUCCACCUGUGCUGCUCCUGGGGCCUGGAGGACACUGUGCAGGCUCUCAUUGAACACGGGGCUAAAGUUAAUGCUAAGGAUGCCGAGAACAAAACACCUUUACACCACGCCAUAGAAAAUGCCCACACCAACAUCAUCUCCCUGCUGCUCUCCCACCCUGCCCUGGACCUCACCAUCAGGGACAAGGCUGGAGUAACGCCCUUCGCUGCAGCCAUGCUGAGAAAGAACAACAAGGCAGCCAAGGCCAUCCUCAACAGGGAAUCAAAGGCUGCUGAACAGUACGACCACAAGGGGCACAACUUCCUACACCUGGCCAUCCAGAAGAAGGACAUGGAGAGCCUUCUGUUCCUCCUCAGCAUCAAUGUGGACAUGCACACUCGCACUCAGGACCAGCACUCCCUCACUCCACUCCACCUGGCCACUACACUCUCUGGGUCAGAGAUGAUUGUCCGUAACCUUCUGCUGGCGGGGCACGGAGCCAUCAAGGAGCUCACGCCACAGAAACAGACAGUGCUCCACCUGGCAGCAGCUCAUGACCAGCCCCAGCUUGCCUCCAUCUACCUGGAUAAUGGUGUGGAGGUGGAUGCUGUGGAUGACAACCUGAAUAAUGCCCUCCAUGUUGCUGUCAAGGAAGGCCACUUGGCAAUGGUGAAGGUGCUGCUCACAGAGUCAAACAUUAAUGCUGGUGCUGUUAAUCUGAGAGGCCAGAAUCCACUGCAUGUGCUGGCCAACUACCCGAAAGACAACGCUGCUGCCAUCGCUGAGGUCUUCCUGGAGGCCAUUCCUGACUACGACCUCAACAGUGUGGAUGUGGAAGGCAACGCAGCCUUGUUGCUGGCAUACAUGCGAGGUGCCAGCCAGCUAUGUCGGGUGCUGGUGCGAUCUGGGGCCUGCCUCGGCACUACUAAUAAGCAUGGAGUCAAUAUAUUCAACUAUCAGGUGCCCACCAAGACCCUGCUGUUCCGCCUGCUGGAUGUGUUGUCUGGUGAGCCGCCGUGGAGCGAGGGGGAGCUGUGCAUGGAGUGUGGCACCAAGUUUGGCCUGGCAACACGGAAGCACCACUGUCGUCACUGUGGCAGGAUACUGUGCAACCGGUGCUCGGAUAAAGAUGUUCCUAUACUCAAGUUUUCUCUCAAUAAGCCGGUGAGAGUGUGCCAGACCUGCUUCGACGUCCUCACGCUUGGAGCGGCGGCCAAUUCCUACUAGUGUUUUUAUUAUGUCAGGGUGGUGCAGUUUUUUUCUUGCAGUUUUUCUAUGCACGGGAUGUCGCCUGUAUAUCUUUUGCCUUAGUGUCCAAACACUUGAGGCGUUUGCUGGUGGGCAGGGAUUUUACUUUGUUCUUUUUUUUUCUCUUCUCUUUUUACAGUAAAGGUGUUGAGUUAUUGCAACUUUUGUCUUUGUAGAUGUUCACUAAAGGUCUGAAUUUAUCAACACAAUGUACUCCAGGUUUUGAGAAGUUUUAGUUGGGCUAUUUUAUACAUCUCUAUGACUGGAUCUGUAGUCUUGCAUCAUUGUAUCAUUUACACAGUUACUGGAAGUACAAUACCUUAAGAAGAUUCCUCAGUUUUUUAUCCAGUUUUAAGCUGAGUGAAUGGAACAGCCUGAGCCAAGAAGCAAGUAAUCACCUGUGUUACAAGCUGUGAUAUAUGUCUAAGAUGAAGCCUUCUUCAAGCUAGGGAUCAACCACUACAACAAACACCCUCCCAACACCAAGGGCGGCCGACUCUCGUGACAGCUCUGUACAUAACCACCACCCUCAGCAGCGUGUUUUGUAGGUUUUGUAGCCGUGUCAAUUCUCCCAUGUGAUUUAUGAAGAGUUUUAAGAGUCAAGCAUUGUGAAGAAUUUUCUGAUAAGGAGUAAUUAGUUUUGCCUCCAGUUUGUUGUAUAGUGCAAAGAUUAGUAAAAUGAUGCAUCACAGGUUUGCUUCCCAUGAAUUGUUCUUGUGUUAAGUGGUGUUAAGAUGGUAACUGCAGUGAGAAAUAUAGUCACAGUUUUGUCUCUGGUUGACUGUUGACUUUUUGUUGUCUAGUGCAGGGAAGUAACUCAUGUAGUGUCACAGAUUUGCCUCCAGUGGACUCCUUGUGUUAGGUGAUGUAGUGUAAAGAUUGUAACUGGAUUGAGGAGUAUGAGUAGUAGUUGUGUAGGUUUGUGUUGUUUUGCCAGUCACUUUGAAACUUUAAGUCUUGUGGUAUCAAAUGCAGCAGUUGAAGAAAGAAUUUAAAGUGACCCUGGAAAACAAGAUAAACAGGGCUGGGCUUUAUGAAGGUCACUGUCUCUAUGUGGCUGUAAGGCUGUAUCUUGUGCUUAUACUGAAAUAUAGAUAGGUACAAAAUGAUAGUUUAGUACAGGAGAUAUUUUUUUUCUUGUAUGGGUGACAUAUCUCAUUUUGUAUUUCUUCCUGAGAGUUGAGUGAAUAGAAAGUAUUGCAGAAUAGGACAGCAGAGUGUAUUAUUAUUGAUGAGGUAGUGUUGUCCAUGAAGAAUUGUGGUCUGAGUGUGAUGAAAGCCUACAAUGAGGUCAGAAUUUGAAGUUUUCCAGCCAAGAAUCUAAAGCCAGAUCUUGAAUAUAGUGUUGGUGAGAUGCAAGUAUAUUGGUGGAAGUGCUUGUCAUGUUUGCAGGAAGAGUCAAUGUUGACUGUUACCAGUGAAACUGCAGAUCUGUGUCCAUUGUUCAGUGCAGCAAGGCAGUGGUGUCUUGGUUGUACAGAAAGGUACAUGGUUUUUUUUGCCACUGAUGUUUGCACACUGCUGGAAAAUUACUUAGAAGGAUUUUGUGUGACUUGGAAAGUUUUAGUGUUGCUCUGUGUCCAUUUUGUAGCAAUGGAAGGCUGUCACCAGCCACUCUAAAUAGACAUGCUAUAUAUAUUUGUAUUAAAAAAUGAUGUGUUUUGAGUGUAAUCAAGCUGCCUUGAACCACAGCUUCCACUUGCCUUGCAUAGCAGUGUGAAGAAACAGAACAAUGUUUGUUGUGAAUAAGCAGUAAUAAGAAGCACAAGUAAUGUCAUUCUGGUUCCAAACAAACCUACAAACAUUUUGUGCAUAGGUUAAAUAUUCCUCUUGGACACUGCAUGGAAACACUGAGAAAUUUAUUUAGUGGCAUGAUAAAUUUGUUAUUCAAGUACAAUGCCUUGCACAUUAGGACUGUAGUGAUCACGUCCUGGGAUAAUUUUGUGGAUUGUGGUACACACCUCAGUUUAUUACAUAAAAAAGAUAAAACUGAAAUUAAUGUUUGGAACCAGGCAUGACAUCGUAGUGUACCUCAGUGUAGAGUCACAUUUGGUGUGUUGAUGGUGAAGGAGGACCUGGGAGGUGUGGGUGAGCAAGCCAGGACGGCCGCCUGCGUGUGGGUCCGCCAUUCAAGAUUUACCAAAGAACAUUAUGCAGUAUUGAUAAUGUUUUUAAACAUUUGUGUAGAAAUGCUGUUUUUCCUGUGUUGUUAUUCUUCUGUAUAAUAGCUAUACAUAUACAUACAUAGUUUAUCAGUAUAGAUAUUUUCAUAACAUAGUUUGGUACUGCAUUGUGUACGUGUACCUUAUAGUUAUUCUAUAAGACAUUAUAUUUGCCAUAAUGUAAAAAUAUUUAGAUAAGCAAAGUAAUCAGAUUUUUAUAUAAGUUUAAAGGUUAAGACAUAAGUAAGAAUGGUCAAGUCACAUGAAGAGCAGCCACCACAGGUACUCUUGGCUUGGUUGGAUUAAGUUACCUGUCUGCCUGUUUGCUUGUCACUGGGUAACCUAACCUAACAUAAACCAUCUCAAGUGUA